AAAUAUAGAGUGAAUAUAAAGAGGAGUUUAAACGCUAGCACACUGACGCAAGUUGGCAUUUAGUUGAGAGGGGGGAGGUAAACAAGAUGGCGGCUACCUUGAAGCAGCUGCAGCAUUAGGAUCAGAACAGAAGAGAUAUAUGACUGCGGUGACAACACUCGAGAAAGAAGCAAAUGCUAAUUAUAUGUAGUAUUUGCACUUAUUAGUAUUACAACCCAAGGUUUCUUGUUUUUUGUUGAUCUGGGAUUCGCUGUGCUGGAGGAACAUUCGGUUCUAAAGAGAAUAAAGAAUUGCUUUUAUUAAUCCUGGACCUACUUGUGUCGACGUGAAGAUGCAACACGGGAUGACGGACACGAUGCGCUAGAGGACGUUGCGUUGUCCAGCAGGAAAAGCCUGUAUAGCCGAGACAGACGGCUUCACAAUCCCUGAAGUGAUUCAGUUUGUACUGGCUAUGUAGUCAGAGAUGAGAAGGGGUCCAGUUAUUCCAAAUGUAGGCUAAUGCCUGCCUCUGAUUGGACAGUGUAUUUUGGAUACAAAAAGCCAGUGCUCAGUAAAGUCUGGUUAUCAUUAUUUUUUAUUGUUUUCUUUUUUGCUUUUUUUUGUUUGCACUGGACCUGAGGCCUUUUGCCUCGCACCCUCCGUUGUUACCUUUUGCACUCAUGCACUACUCAUGUUUACAUCCUUGUUCUACCUGAGCCUACAUUAAAGCAGCACAUUUGUUGCAAUCAAAUAUCAAUUUUUUCAGAUGCUGUUCUAGUAGCUUUCUCAUUUCCCAGCCAGUCAGAAUUGGAGAUACAGACCACAUCUCCUUGUAGCUCUUGUACGUGAGGGAAAGUGAAGGCAGGCUGAAAGAGAAGAUGAGCGGUGGGGAAUCACAGCACACAGGCUUCCUGCCUGAUAACGAGCUCAUGGGCAUGGACACUUUCAUCCACCGCAUCGACUCCACCGAGGUGAUCUACCAGCCACGGCGCAAGCGCGCCAAGCUGAUCGGGAAGUAUCUGAUGGGUGAUCUGCUGGGUGAGGGAUCUUACGGCAAGGUGAAGGAGAUGCUGGACUCUGAGACUCUGUGUCGGCGAGCUGUGAAGAUCCUCAAGAAGAAGAAGCUGAGGAGAAUCCCUAAUGGAGAGGCCAAUGUGAAAAAGGAAAUUCAGCUGCUACGAAGACUACAGCAUAAAAAUGUGAUCCAGUUGGUGGACGUGUUGUACAAUGAAGAGAAGCAGAAAAUGUAUAUGGUAAUGGAGUACUGCGUUUGUGGCAUGCAGGAAAUGUUGGACAGUGUUCCAGAGAAAAGGUUUCCAGUAUUUCAAGCUCACGGGUACUUUUGCCAACUUUUGGAUGGUCUUGAAUAUUUGCACAGCCAGGGAAUUGUUCACAAAGACAUUAAACCAGGGAAUUUGCUGCUGACCACAGAUGGCGCUUUAAAGAUCUCCGACUUGGGCGUAGCAGAGGCUCUCCACCCGUUUGCGGAGGAUGACACCUGUAGAACGAGUCAGGGCUCGCCGGCCUUCCAGCCACCCGAGAUCGCCAACGGCUUGGACACCUUUUCAGGGUUCAAAGUGGACAUCUGGUCUGCCGGGGUCACACUCUACAACAUAACGACAAGCCUGUAUCCAUUUGAGGGAGAUAAUAUCUACAAGCUCUUUGAGAACAUUGGGAAGGGAGACUACACUAUUCCAGAGGAUUGUGGGCCUCUGCUGUCUGACCUUCUGAGAGGAAUGCUUGAAUACGACCCUGUAAAGAGAUUCUCAAUACAGCAAAUUAGGCAACACAAUUGGGUGAGGAAGAAACAUCCGCCUUCCGAGCCGCCCGUGCCUAUCCCACCCAGCGCUGAGACCCGUGACAUUUGGAGGAGCAUGACAGUGGUGCCCUAUCUGGAGGAUCUCCAUGGUUACGGUGAUGAGGAGGAGGACGAUGAGAUGUUUGACGGUGAGGAUGACAUCAUCUAUACUCAGGAUUUCACAGUGCCAGGUCAGGUGGAAGAGGAGGAAGAUGAAGAAGAGGAGGAGGAGCAGGAGGAAGAGUGCGGAGCGGUGCGGAGCCGUGCCCCGGUGAAGCCGGUUUGUUUGAACGGGACAGAACCGGCAGCACUGAAGCCCAAACCAGAUCGACGCUCCAGCUCCUCAUCCAACCCCUCACGUAAAGGCGUGUUCACAGCCAGCAAGAUCCGCAAACUCUCCACCUGCAAACAGCAAUGACCACGCCCCCUUCUCCUGCCCCACCCACCUGCCCCUCUCCCUGUACAGGUUUGUUAUAUUUCCCAUCCUCUUUUUUGGAUUUCCAGCCAUGAAAACAUGCCACAGAUGCUGAAACACUUCACCAUGGACUAUGAACCCUAACGGAAAUGAUGGCAGGAAGUGUGGAUAUAUGACAUUUUGAGGCCUUUCCCUGGAAAGGACUGACUGAUUUGGGGAUGCUGUAUUAGGAGGAAACUCCUGUGUUUUUUUUCCCCUUCCCUUGUUACAUUCUCUCUCUCUCUCUCUCUCUCUCUCUCUCUCUCUCUCUCUCUCUCUCUCUCUCUCUCUCUCUCUCUCUCUCUCUCUCUCUCUCUCUCUGAGGCUUUCUUAGAAUAAUUUUGUUGAUCUCUCUCUGAGUCUUUCUUAGAUUCAAGCUGUUAAACU